AUGGACACCCACGAAUAUACCAUGGCGCACGCCUCGACACUCCUCGCCCGCGCCGACUCCAGCGGCCGCCCACCCGUCUACAAAGUGAUCGGAAUCUGCCUAGCCGUCGCAUCAGGCGUCUUCAUCGGAAUAUCCUUCGUCAUCAAGAAAAUCGGCCUUCUAAAGGCCAACGUGAAAUACAACGAGGAAGCCGGCGAGGGAUACGGAUAUCUGAAGAAUUUCUGGUGGUGGUGCGGAAUGACCCUGAUGAUCCUCGGAGAGAUCUGUAACUUUGUCGCAUACGCCUUUGUCGAUGCUAUCCUGGUUACGCCGCUGGGUGCCCUAUCCGUCGUGAUAACCACGAUUCUGUCGGCGAUUUUCUUGAAAGAGCGACUCAGUUUCGUCGGCAAGGUUGGCUGUUUCUCUUGCAUUAUCGGUUCCGUUGUUAUUGCGAUGAAUGCACCUGAACAGUCCUCCGUUAGCAAUAUCCAGGAGAUGCAGCAUUUUGUCAUUACGCCGGGCUUUUUGACGUAUGCUGGUGUGAUUCUGGUCGGGGCCCUGGUUACGGCUGUUUGGGUUGCGCCGAGAUAUGCGAAGCAGAGCAUGUUUGUUUAUAUUGGCAUUUGCAGUUUGGUUGGUGGGUUGAGUGUCGUUGCGACGCAGGGUCUGGGUUCCGCUAUUCUCGCUCAGAUUAAUGGUGAACCGCAGUUUAAGCAGUGGUUUCUUUAUGUCUUGUUUGUGUUUGUUGUUGGGACUCUCCUUACGGAGAUUAUCUAUCUCAAUAAAGCUUUGAAUAUAUUCAACGCCGCUCUCGUCACCCCUACUUACUACGUCAUGUUCACCACCGCGACCAUUGUGACUUCUGCCGUCCUGUUCCAGGGUUUCAAGGGCACCGCGAUCCAGAUUACCACCGUAAUCAUGGGAUUCUUGCAGAUCUGUGCUGGCGUUGUUCUGUUGCAACUGUCCAAGUCUGCCAAGGACGUUCCUGAUGCCGCUGUGUUCAAGGGUGACCUGGAUCAGAUUCGCGAGGUUGCUACUCAGGAAGAGCCCGAGUAUGAGCCCAAAGCAGACUCCAUCCGCGGUGCGGCGUCUAUCAUUCGCCGUAUAUCGACCACCCGCCGCACCGCAGAGGCCGACGAGGCCAAGCGAUAUGUUCACGAGAAGCAUGAAGAUUUCCUCAAGCCGCCCGGUGACAAUGAGAUCAUCGAAUGGGAUGGUAUUCGCCGCCGCAGGACUGUUGUCGGCGAAGGCCCAACAAUGUCUCGACCGCAUACUCCCCGCUCCCCGUCAAUUAGACAGCAGCUGCCGCCACUAGGCAUGUCUCGGUUCCCAAACCACGAGGAUGAAGACGAAACCCGACCUACCACAAAGCAAAGCGGCCGCUCAUUCUUUAGUGAUGUCCGAUCUCGGACUUCAAGUGUUCUCCACCCUCACUGGACCCCGUUGAACGAGCAAGAAGAGAACGAGAAACACAUGAGUGGCGGCCUCACUGAUACCGAGUAUCACGGCGCUGACCAGGGAGGACUCCAACUUCCAACGCACCGCAUAGGCCGCGAGCGCAGCGACACCCCCCGAUCAAUCUCCUGGGCCGAUGAAAAAGGUGACGAAGGCACCGACUCACGACCAGGUAGUGCCCGCCGCCAAUUCUCUUUCAACAACAUGGUCAGCCGGAUGAUAGGACAACACCGUGAACCCUCCCCUAAGCGCUCCGCCAGUCCACCCCGUGGUAUCCUCCGCAGAUCGCAGAUCGUUCCAGGCGGCGACCUCCGCCGAACAGCCACAGAAGAAGAACAACUCGGUCUCAGUAAAGGGCGACUCACGCACCGCCCAUCCCGAAACCGGGGAAACCCUCGGCGAGAAACUAGAGCGCUGGUCCAGCAGUGA